CUUUGAUGACUUUUUUUUUGUUAUCCAUCCAUUUCUAAUAAUAAUCAUAUCACUUUUGCCCAUCUCAACUUCAACCAUGGAUAUCAAAAACUUGCUUUGCCCUCUUUCUCAACAAGAUCAAGCCAUUGUUCUGACUGAACCGGUUUGCCCAAAGACACCUACCAGCUUCGAUUCGAUCAGAGAUUACGAACCUGCAUUUUCCUAUUCCAACAGUCCAUCGAUGUCUUCUCAGUACUCGUCGCUUCCCUCUCUCUCGCCUUCCAGCUCACCCAUCGUGCUUCCGCUUAUGCCUGCACGACCCGUCUCGCAAAAGCAUGCUCGAAAUACAUCGCAGACCCGUACACCCUGGACACCUGCCGAAGAUUAUUUAUUGCAACAAGGAUAUAAUCAGGGUCUCUCGUGGGCCAUGAUCUCCUCAACCUACCUCCCCCAUCGAUCGCGUGGAUGCUGUUGGGGUCGUUUUAAAACCCUUCAAACCAAGGUCUUGGAGCAACGUGAAUGGACGGACGCUGAGGAUCGCUUGCUGAUGCUUGCUAUGAAAAAACAUGCACGUCUCUUCAAGCAAGCUUGGAAGUCCGUGGCCCGAGAUAUGGGUGAACGCUCGUGGCGUGAAUGUGAAUUCCGAUCCGCCAAAGUUGCUGGUAUGAUUCGCAAACGUCAUGCCAUGUAAAUCGACGUCGAAGAAAAAAAAAACAAAGGAAAAUCCACACCAAAAAAAGAAAAAUUCCAAAAAAAGAAA